AGUGGCUGUAGGCUGGAGGUGGCCGGGCUGGGGGUCGGAAGGUGUCACCCGAUCCGGGCGCUCCCCGCAGGGGCUCCCGGCCGUGCAGCCCCGGCUGGUGGCCGUGAGCAAGACGAAGCCGGCGGACAUGGUGAUCGAGGCCUACGAGCACGGGCAGCGCAGCUUCGGGGAGAACUACGUUCAAGAGCUGCUGGAGAAGGCGUCCGACUCCAGGAUUCUGUCGUCUUGUCCGGAGAUUAAGUGGCAUUUUAUUGGCCAUCUGCAGAAAAAUAACGUCAACAAGUUGAUCGCUGUCCCUAACCUCUUCAUGUUGGAAACGGUGGAUUCUGUGAAACUGGCAGACAGAGUCAACAGCUCGUGGCAGAAGAAAGGGUCAACGCAGAAACUAAAAGUCAUGGUGCAAGUUAACACUAGUGGAGAAGACAGUAAGCAUGGCCUGCCUCCCGGAGAGACCGCAGCAGCUGUGGAGCAUGUCAUCAACAAGUGUCCGAGCUUGGAAUUUGUGGGACUGAUGACGAUUGGCAGCAUUGGCCAUGACCUUAGUAAGGGGCCAAAUCCUGAUUUCCAGAUGUUGUUAUCCCUGCGGCAGGAGGUGUGUGAAAAGCUGAACCUGCCCCUGGAGAAGGUGGAGCUGAGCAUGGGCAUGUCCACGGACUUCCAGCACGCAAUAGAGGUGGGAUCCACAAACGUCAGGAUCGGAAGCACAAUUUUUGGAGAGCGAGAUUACUCCAACAAAGCAGGUGGUGGGAAAGCCCUUGCUGAAAGUGAAGGUAAAACGGAGGCCCUGACAGUGUAGGAUCGUUAAAUGGGAUAAAAAGUGGCCUCGACAGAGGACAAAUGAUGGGAGACCUCGCUAUGCAUUCUUACCUCCCUCCGUGUCGGCACCCGAUCGCGAUGGUGAGAGGAAAUUCCUCAUAAUAGAAUAGAGGCCAGAAAUGCCUCGUAAUUUAUUGUGAUUUUAGAGUACCCAUAGAAACUGGAACUUUUGUAACCAGCAAGUGCUAAGGAAAAACAUAGUUGAAAGUGACUUUGGUACCUUAAAUACUUCAGGCUGAUUAAGAACAAUUUAAUUUUGGAUAAAUGGGUUCAAAAAGAAAUAAUUAUCUGUAAGAACGGAGUUGCUAAUGAGCAGGAUAUAUCUACAGCAGUGCCAAUGAUUGUUUUCACUGAGGAGUAAAUUCUUCACUAACAAGUUUAUUUCUUGCCAGAGACCUAAAAAUACUUCCUGUCCUCGAGUGAAGGUUUUGCACAUGACUGCAGCUGAGUGGUUGCUUAAAUAGGAGCUACGUGCCAGAAACAUAUUGUAACCCUUACAGGCUCUGAGGGGCAUGGGAGAGCC